AGGAUCAGGCCAGCAUCAAGACGACAUCAUCAACAUCAACGUCACAAUAAAAUCAGCUGCCAAAUGACAAUAAUAUAAUAUACAUAACUAUUGAAGAGGCUGUUUGUGACAGCAAAACGCGAGAGUGAGAGUGACAUCAAACAUCUUGACCCUGUUAUUAUUAAUAAUUAUUUCAAACAAGAAUCACCCGGGCAUUGGAAUUGGAGAGUUGUUGCCGUUAGUUGUCUUACUCUCGUACUGUGCGAAUAAUCCGCGUCGAUAAAAUAAACCAUGCCUCACGUUUGUAGCGGCACAACAUUGGGUAGAAGUAGGAGUAUAGUUAUCAGUAGGGCCUGGCCGAGUUCAAAACGAUCAUGGGAGUACGGGAGACAACCGCUGUAUCCAGAUUCACCGCCAAUAGCUGGUGUUAACAGAAUUUCAACCUCAACACUUCAACGUGGUUCCCUAGCUUCAUUCCCACUGUCAUCAUCACUAUCGCUGUCAUCAAAAACUCCAACAGUGGCGGUAGCGUCAUCACUGGUAAAAACAUCCGGUAAACCAACAACAACGUAUCGAACGUUCAGUAGUACAAUGGCUACAGCUGGUGAACAUCAUACCCUGACGAUAGACAAUGUAUUCUCCAAUUUACGGCGUAUGGAAUACGCUGUACGUGGACCACUUCUUCUACGUGCUUUGGAAAUUGAAAAGGAACUUAAAAAGGGUGUGAAAAAACCAUUCAAAGAAGUAAUUAAAGCCAACAUCGGAGAUGCACAUGCUAUGGGCCAACGACCAAUUACAAUUUUACGUCAAUUAUUAUUAUUAACAAUAUCACCAGAGCUUAUGAAUGAUCCUCGUUAUCCAGAAGAUGUUAAAAAUCGUGCAAAAGCUAUAUUGAAUGAUUGUAAGGGUGGUAGUGUUGGUUCAUAUUCUGAAUCACCAGGAAUAGAAAUAGUACGUAGACAUGCCGCUGAAUAUAUUGAAAGACGUGAUGGUCAUCCAGCUGAUUAUAAAAAUAUUAUUUUAUCAAAUGGUGCAUCAGAUGGAAUAAAGUCAUUUUUAAAAUUAUUCAACGAAGAAUUAAAUGGACUUCCAUCAGGCGUUAUGAUUCCAAUACCUCAGUAUCCACUUUAUUCAGCAGCAUUGGCGGAGUUUGGGCUUUCACAAAUUGGUUAUUAUCUUGAUGAAGAUAACAAAUGGGGAUUAGAUAUAGCUGAGCUAGAGCGGGCUUAUAAUCAAGCUAAAAAGACUUGUAAUCCACGUGUUAUCGUAGUUAUCAACCCUGGAAAUCCAACAGGACAAGUUCUUACACGCGCUAACAUCGAAAAUGUCAUACGCUUUGCUCAAAAAAAUCGCCUAUUUAUAUUGGCUGAUGAAGUCUAUCAAGAUAAUAUUUAUGACCCAGACAGUGCAUUCCAUUCAUUUAAAAAGGUCAUGAUUGAAAUGGGAGCUCCUUAUAAUAAAAUGGAACUAGCAUCGUUCAUGUCAAUAUCAAAAGGAUACAUGGGUGAAUGUGGAAUUCGAUGUGGGUAUGCUGAAUAUUUCAACAUGGAUCCUGAUGUUAUGGCAAUACUUUCAAAGUCAAUUUCAGCAAUGUUAUGUCCAACUGUACUAGGUCAAGUAGCUAUGGAUGUUGUGGUCAAUCCUCCCAAACCCGGUGAACCUUCGUACAAUCAAUUUAUUAAAGAAAAAGCAGCUGUACUUGAAUCAUUAGCUGAACGAUCACGAUUAGUUGUCGAUACACUCAACAGUAUUCCAGGUUUUAAGAGUAAUCCAGCUAUGGGUGCUAUGUAUGUAUUUCCUAGAAUAGAUUUACCACCUAAAGCGAUCGAAGCAGCUAAAGCCGCGGGACAAGAACCUGAUGUAUUCUAUGCAUUUAAACUUCUUGAAGCCACGGGUAUUUGUGUAAUUGCUGGAUCUGGUUUUGGCCAAAAACCUGGAACUUAUCACAUACGUACAACUAUUUUACCACAAAAAGAAAUGAUUAAAACAAUGCUUAACAGUCUCAAGGAAUUCCAUUUGAAAUUUAUGAAAGAGUAUAGUUAGAAAUUUACAUAAUUUAUAAAUUAAUAAUAUUUUUAAUUCGACAAUAAUAAUAUUUGAUUGAUAUUUAAUACUUUUAACACUAUUUUUAUUAAUUACUUGUAUUAGUCAAUUGAUUUUUUAUAAUCCAUGCCAUAAUGAUCUUUUAAUAACGACCUGUAAAUUUUUUAUUUUAACAAUUGAAAAUCUUGGAUCGUUCCAAAUUUGUAAAUACUUUCUAAAAAAAAGUCGCAACUAAUACAAAAAGUAUUUAUCAUAAUUAUUAUCACAGAAACUAAAUGUCUAUAUAUUGUUAUACAAAUAUUUGUUUAAUAAUAUUUAAUAGCCUCAAUCGUGUAUUCAAAUUAAAAUGUUAUAAAAUGAAAAAAAAAA